AUGGUCUCCUUUGGCAUCUGUAGAAUCAUACGCUUCUGCCGCUCAUGCACGUCUGCUCUGGGGCAGGCACUGCCCCGGCAACUACAGAGAACAGAAGAUAACGUGGCUCCUACCCUCAGAGCUUACAGUUGGUUAGAAGUGGUCAGAGGAGGGUACACAGGACAGGAGUUUAGGACGUUUCCUCCCCUCUUGGACCGAGUUUUGGUUGAAAGGAAUGCAGCCAAACCUGUAACAAAAGGACCCAUUAUGCGUCCAGAAAAGCCUCAGGAAAAAGCAUGGUAUGUGACAGUAGUAGCUGUUGGUUCCGGCUCUAAAGGAAAGUGUGGAGAGAUUCAGCCAGUUAGCAUGAAAGUUGAGGAUAAAUUUCUUCUGCCAAAAUAUGGAGGCACCAAAGUAGUUCUAGAUAACAAAGAUUACUUCCUAUUUAGAGACCGUGACAUUCUCAGAAAGCACACAGACUGA